AUGCCUGCCUACCACUCCGUCUUUCUCGACGAGCCAAACCAACAGCUAAUCGGAAACUUUGCGCUCCUCCCCCUCCGCACACGAACCCGCGGCCCCGCGCUGCAACUCCCAUCGCUCCCCGCAGACGUCACCGACCUCACCAUCGAGCCCUCCCACGAGUCCUACGACCCGCUCGACGAGAUCCUAUCGCUCUUCCGCGCCAACACCUUCUUCCGCAACUUCGAGAUCAAGGGCCCUGCCGACCGCGUGCUGAUCUAUGGGAUCCUGUUUGUGAGCGAGGUGCUGGGGAAGAUUAGGCCGGGGAUGAGUAGGAGGGAUGCGGAGAAGGCUGUCAUGAACGUCGCGCUGGACACGAACUUCGCGAUCCCGGGCGAUGCGGGCUUCCCGCUGAACCAGGCUUUUGAGGCGCCGGCGGACAGGAAUCAGGCCGAGAUGCUGAGACAGUAUAUCAUGCAGAUGCGGCAGGAGCUGGCGACGAGGCUGCUGAACAGGGUAUAUGCGGAUGGGAGUAACACGCCGAGCAAGUGGUGGCUGAGCUUCACGAAGAGGAAAUUCAUGGGCAAGGCGCUGUAG